ACAAAGCAGAAACAGUCUCUGCACUUAUGUUUCCCAAGUUUUAUUUCUAUAAGUGUUAUUUAGACAUUAAUGUUUAUCUCAGUACGAUUUACAUUGUUGUAUUCAUGUCUAUUUUCCUCAUUGGAUAGUGAGUUUAGGAACAGAAAUUACCUUGUUUACGUUUGUGUUUUGCCUUUUCAUGUAAUAGGUAAGUGUUUGUUGAAUUAAAUUGCGAUUGAAAUAUAUUAGGACGCUGAACAUGGAAAAAAUUACAACAUACUUUGUUGUAGAAGAAAAAACAAAAAAACUUCUUUCACCUGUUGGAGUUAUGUAGACACUGAAUAGAAACUUAUCAUUACAAUUAUUCUGGAUUUUGUGGCUUUAGUCUUUGAUAUUAUAUAAUACAGGGGUCUCAAAUUAAUGGCCAAAGCAAGUGAUCUCCACAGUGUUUUGAAGUGAGAUAGAGCUUGUUCUCAUGCUGUUAGUUCAAUUGUUUUUGUUUCGUUGGUUGCCUUGUAAGCAUACCAGUUUGCCAGUGUUGUAGUCCAUUUCCGUCUUUAUAAAUUUGUUUCAGAACUGUUGCUAUUGUGGGUCCUUGACCCUAGAAUACAUUACAUAAAGUGUGUGCAAAUCCGUGCAUGUUUAGGAAGAGAGGUAUAGCCACUUUAGUCCUAACCAAUUUCGAACAGAGUUGGAAAAGUAGAUUGUUACAAAUUCUUAUGCAGGAAGAAAAGAUGCUGUAAAGUGAUUUCCUUAUCAGAUUUUGUCAGACAACUUCAUUUGUAAAUUUGGAAUGCUAAAGAAACGUUACAGACUUUGAUAUUGAAAAAAAUGAAGAGAAACCUAAGUGAAAAUUCAACUCGAAGUACAGCAGGCUGUUUGCCUGUACCAUUGUUCAAUCAGAAGAAGAGGAAUAGACAGCCAUUAACAUCCAAUCCACUUACAAAUGAUUCAAGUAGCAGUACUGCUUCUGACAGUUAUGAUUUCCCUCCUUUACCACCAGAUUGGGCUUGGGAAGCUGUGAAUCCAGAGUUUCCUCCUUCAAUGAAAACAAUGAACACAGGGCAAAUACCACAUUCAGUUUCUCAUCCUCUGAGAAGUCAAGAUUCCAUGUCUAAGUCUACUCAAUUAAAUACUGAAAGAAGCAAGAGUCACUGGAGCUACAGGGAUGGCAGCAAAAAUACCAGCUGGAAAACAUCAGACAGAAAUGAUGUUAGGCCUCAAUGCAAAAGAACAAACCUGGUGGCAAAUGAUGGAAUAAAUUCCUCUUGGGGAGCUCAGCAAGGGAAACAAUUAAGAAUAUCAGAACCUCCUAACUUAUCUCACCAAAGAGAAGCCAAAGUACUCAGACAAACACAUUCGUCAGAAAUACCUGGCUCCACAAUGAGAGGUCUAGACAAAAGCAGUGCUUUACAGGCAUUUAAGCCUAGUUUUCAACAAAGUCUAUUUAAGAAGAAAAUGUUGGAUGAUAUUCCAGAAAAAAGUAGUGUUAAGGAAAGCUCAUUUUAUCAGUUAAAGCUUAAGGAAAAAGAUAAUUCUUUAAGAAUUAUAUCUGCAGUUAUUGAAAGCAUGAAGUACUGGCGUGAACAUGCACAGAAAACUGUACUUCUUUUUGAAAUAUUGGCUGUUCUCGAUUCAGCUGUUACACCUGGUCCAUAUUAUUCAAAGACCUUCCUUAUGAGAGAUGGGAGAAACACUCUGCCUUGUGUAUUUUAUGAAAUAGAUCGUGAACUCCCAAGACUGAUUAGAGGCCGAGUUCAUAGGUGUGUUGGAAACUAUGACCAGAAAAAGAAUAUUUUCAAAUGUGUUUCUGUUAGACCAGCAUCUGUUUCUGAACAAAAAACUUUCCAAGCAUUUGUUAAAAUUGUAGAUGCUGAGAUGAAGUAUUAUACUGAUACAAUGAAUGAAAUUUAAAUAGUAAUAAGGGAAGUUUAAAUAUUAUAAUUUAAAGCAUUUCCCUAUUGUUUAAAUGAUCAUCUCCAUGCUUAUAGCUGCUGUUUUUUGUAGUUCAUUUGUUG